AUGGAUACUCAUCAAUCAUUUAAUGAAAAUCAACAUCCAAAUUUUAAUAGUGGUAAUCAUGGAGGUAUUAAUAUGAAUAGAUUUCAAAGAUUUUCAAAACCAACAAUUUCACCAAUUCAACAACAACAACAACCACAACCACAACAACCAUCAUCAAUUAUACAAAGACAAUCAAUCAUUAUGACACAACCACAACCACAACCACAACCACAAAUGAUACCAAUAUUUAGAGAACCAAAUGAAUGGUAUAAAUUAAUUGAUAUGGAAAUGAAUAAAUUUAAUAAUGAGUCAAGACCAUCACCUGAAUAUAUAAAAUAUUUAACUCAAUUAUUUCAACAGGCUUUAGAUAGUCUUGAACAUAAAAAUACACCCGAAUUUUAUUUAUUCUUAUUAAAUCGUGCAACUUUUCAAAGUAAAAUCGGAGAGAAUGAAGAUGCAAAAGGAACAUUAAAAUAUAUGAAAGUAUUAAAGAUGGAAAGUUUUGAAGUAUUUGUAUUAUUAUCAGAGAUUGAAUCGAAAUCUUUUAGAUUUUCAAAGGCAAGAUCAAUUAUUAAUAGAGGUAUUCAAAAGAUUCCCUCAAGGAGUAAAGAAUUUGAGGGAUUUUUAAUGGUUAUAGAUAUUCAAGAGGAUGAAUUUUCAAGAAAUGGUUGUAUUAUUAGUAAUAAUAAUAAUAUAAGUUUUAAUAAUGGUGAUGUAAAUAAUAAUAGUAUAAUAAUGAAUGAAAAUGAUCAACCAAUGGUAAUUAAUCUUAAUCCACAGCAGCAACAACAACAACAACAACAACCAUAUGAAAUAUCAUCAUCAUCAUCAUUGAUGAGUACACCAGCAUCCUCUAGACAUUUAUCUAAUAGAUCAUCAAUAGUUCCAACACCAAAUAGUUCAACAAAACUCUCUGAAUCAAUUAAAACAAUUGGUUUAAGAUCUGUACAACCCAGAAGAGUUAUUCAUAAACAAACUACUACAAAUUUUAAUACCACCACUACUACUAUACCUGAAAAUAGUUAUGAUGAUGAUGCUGAUCAACCAAUGGAUCAUGAUGGUAAUAAUAAUAAUAAUUUUAGAAUACAUUCGAACAACAAUAAUAAUAGUAGUGCAAAUAGUAGUUAUAAUAAAAGUGAAAAUGAUGAAGAUGAUCAAGAUGAAGAAGAUGAAGAAGAAGAAGAUGAAGAUGAGGAUGAUGAUGAAGAAGAUGAAGAAGAGUAUGAAGAUAAUAAUAAUAAUAAUAAUAAUAAUAAUAAUAAUAAUAAUAAUAAUAAUAAUAAUAAUAAUAAUAAUAAUAAUAAUAAUUAUUUUAAAUACAAUCGACAACAAUACAUUUUAAAUAAUGAUAGUGAUACUAGUACAAACCCAAAUUCACCAGCAUCUUCAAACUCUUCUGUUAACGAUAUCAUUAACAGUAUUUCAAUUACUGAUGAUUCUAAAUUAGAUUAUGAAAAUAAUGUAAAAUUACAACAACAACAACAACAACAACAACAACAACAACAACAACAACAACAACAACAACAACAACAACAACAACAACAAUAUAUACAACAACAACAACAACAACAACCAAAAAUACACCCACAAAGAUUUUCACUUCAAAAUAAUACACCAACAACAACUACAACAACAACAGCAGCAACAAAUGUACAGAACCCUUCAUCAUCAUCAUCAUAUAUUUCACCUCCUUUAUCUUCUCAAUCAUCAGAACUCCAACAUCAAAGAAGACACUCUAUUCAAGCUCAAAGAGCAAAUAAACCUCCUGUUAUUCCUCCACCUUCAAAAUUACAUCAAAAUAAUUUACAACAGCAGCAACAACAACAACAACAACAACAACAACAACAACAACAACAACAACAACAACAAUUACUUUUACAACAACAAGCUUUAUUACAACAACAGCAGCAACAACAAAUUUUAUUACAACAACAACAACAACAACAACAACAACAACAACAACAACAACAACAACAAAAACAACAAGAACAACAAUUAAAAAAAACAAAUAUGCAACCACCGCCACCAAAGCAACCUCAACCUCAAACCCAAACUCAACAACAACAAAAAAAUAUUAAUAAUUCAGAAAUUGUUGAUAAAGAAAAAUCAUUUGAAGUUGCAAAAAGUUGGAGUGAAGUUGCAAUGGUAAAUGGUAAACCAUAUUUAAGAAUUGAAUUUAUAGGAAAAGGUGGUAGUGGUAAAGUUUAUAAGGUAUUAAGUGGUGAUUUAAAAAUCUAUGCAUUGAAAUAUGUUUGUUUAUCAGAUCCAAAUGAGAUUGAAGCACAAUUGAAUGAAAUUGAAAUGUUGAAACGUUUAAGAAAACAGGUUAAUAUCAUUCAAUUGAUAGACUAUGAAGUUAAUAUGGCAAAGAAUUAUAUAUUGUUAGUGUUGGAAUUUGGUGAGAUCGAUCUAUCAAAACUUUUACAAAGAUUGCAAACUCCGAAUGGAACCAAUGUGAAUUUCAUACGUAUCUAUUGGCAGCAAAUGUUGCAGGCUGUGCACACCAUCCACGAGGAGAAGAUCAUUCAUGGUGAUUUGAAACCCGCAAAUUUCGUCUCGGUUCAGGGUAGUUUAAAAUUAAUUGAUUUCGGUAUUGCCAAAGCCAUCCAAUCCGAUGAUACUACCAAUAUCGUUAGAGAGAGUCAAAUUGGUACAAUCAAUUAUAUCUCACCCGAGGCUUUAAUCGAUACUUCACAAGGUGGUCCAAAGCAGUGUAUGAAGUUAGGAAGAGCAAGUGAUAUUUGGUCUUUGGGUUGUAUACUCUAUGAGAUGGCUUUUGGUUAUCCACCUUUUAAAAGUUUUUCAAAUAUAAUCUCAAAAUAUCAAGCUAUCAUUAAUCCUCAUCAUAAAAUUGAAUUUCCAGUUCAUCCAAAUGAAAAUUUAUUAAAAGUUUUAAAACUUUGUUUAAUUAGGAAUCCUCAUGAAAGACCAACAAUUCCAACUUUAUUAAAUCAUGAUUUUUUAAAAAUUUAA